ACAAGCGUUGCGUCCUUUUGCCGUAUAUACUGACACACAUUCUGUUCAGUCCAGAGUUAAAGGCAAAAACGAUUCAACGAAACUUUGCCCCGGAACUCUGCACACUGACCAACAGCCGGCUAUUGACGACUGACUAUUGACGGGUGAACAACUACUGCCGUUUCCCUUACUUGAAAUCAUUAGAAGUCUCAACAUGCCUCGCAAAGGAAAAAGAUGGAUUUUCGCCAAGCACUUUGAUGGGUUUCCAAAGGAAAGUGACAUGAGACUUGAGGAGUUCGAUAUCCCAGCACUCAAUGAUGGGGAGGUUCUACUGGAAGCCGAGUAUCUCUCUGUGGAUCCAUACAUGAGAGCUUACAGUCCUUCUCUAAAAACUGGAACAGUUAUGAUCGGACAACAGGUCGCCAAAGUCAUAGAAAGUCGCAAUGAGAAAUUCCCCGUCGGAACGUGGACGCUUCCGAGUUGUGGAUGGACCACGCAUUCUGUCAAUAAUGGAAAGGAACUCAGAAAGAUGCCUCCGCUACCGGCUGAUGUACCCCGGUCUUACGCCAUCGGGUCGCUAGGAAUGCCUGGCUUGACAGCGUACUUUGGUCUUCUGGAUAUCACUGACCCUAAGCCAGGAGAGACUGUCCUGGUUAGCGGAGCUGCAGGUGCAGUAGGGAACGUUGUUGGACAAAUUGCCAAGAUCAAGGGAUGUCGAGUGAUCGGAUCGGCAGGAAGUGAAGAGAAGUUGGAGUAUCUGAAGGAACUUGGUUUUGAUGAAGUCUUCAACUACAAAACAACACCGAACCUUGAUGCCAAGCUUAAGGAACUAGCUCCAGACGGAAUCGAUGUAUAUUUUGAUAACGUUGGUGGCGAGUUUGCUACUGCAGCAGUUCUCAACAUGAAAUUAUUUGGUCGUGUCUCAUGCUGUGGAGCCAUUUCCGGUUACAACUUAAAAGAACCUGAGAAAUUGUCAUCAAUCUAUAGUAAGAUGGUAUUCAGUCAACUGAAGAUGGAGGGGUUUAUCGUCACCAGAUAUCUACCACGCUAUCCUGAAACAGUCGGUAUACUGGCACAGUGGGUCCAAGAGGGCAAGAUCAAGGUUCGAGAGCACAGGACUGAUGGGUUCGAUAACAUGUUCAAAGCAUUCACUGAACUCUUCACCGGAGCCAACACAGGAAAGGCUAUCGUCAAAGUCUAGCUUUUAUCUCCUCUAAAGGACGAGAAAAGAAUUCGUGAUCACAUAAACGCUGAUGUUCGAGUAUAUUUGAACACCGUUUCCUCGAAAAAUAAAAGAGGGGCGAUUACUGAUUUGUAAAAAUUAUAUCAGAAACGAAGCAGUUGGUCCCAGUUUUUUCUUUUUAAUAGGAAACACCAAAACCAUUGUAGUUACGGACAUUUUCGCGAGUAGUUAUUGUUGUCCCGGAGUGAGAAAAGGGCAGAAUAUUACCCACCUAAUCUUUUCAGGAUCUGAAAUAUACUUCCCAAAAGAGAUACACAAUUGAAUGGUGCCUUCACUAGCAAGUUGUUAUAAACAAGAACCAUGACAUGCAAAUCAUUAUAUUUUUAUUUUCCAUAAUUCGUCCAUGGCGGUUAAGAUUUCUUGAAGUAUAGCAAUAUAAAAAACGAAAUUGGGAGAUGAUAUACAAAGAAAGACUACACCUACACUCUAAAAAAUAUUGGUUAAAAAUACUCCAUGAGGGUAAUUAUGUGUCCAACCAAUAUUGGGCAUUUCUUUUUGGCAUUUUGAUUCAUCCGGUGUGAUGAAUAUUUUGUCCAUUCUAAAGUAAUUGCUACUUAUUUUUAACCUUACUGGACAAUAUGCUUCCCGCAUUGGGUAAAAUACUGCCUAAAAUUGGUUGGACACAUAAUUACCCUCGUGGUGGUAAUUACCAACAAAAAAAAAUCAGUGUAUUAUAGAGAAAUGUUUGUGUUGUAUUAAAGAUUUUUCCCGUAAAUAGCACACAAAGCUUUACAAUAAAGACAAAAAAUAUCAGA